AUGAAGACGGGACCCUCAUAUCCUAAGGAAGAUAAAGUAUACGAUAAAAUAUUUAGAAAGUCUAUAGAAAAUCCAGAAGAAUUUUGGGCCGAAGUCGGCGAAGAAGUUGAAUGGAGUAAAUAUUGGGAUAAAGUUCUGGAUAAUUCCAAUGAGCCCUUCACUAAAUGGUACGUUGGUGGAGAAAUAAACGCUUGUCACAAUGCAGUGGAUCGUCAUGUCAAAGCUGGUUACGGAAAAAAGGUCGCUUUGAUUCAUGACAGCCCACUGACAUCAACGAUACGCAAAGUAACAUACGAUGAAUUAUUAGAAAAAACAUCGAGACUUGCCGGUGCACUAGCUAAUAUGGGAGUGCAAAAGGGCGAUCGUGUAUUAAUUUAUAUGCCUCUUGUUCCUGAAACAGUCAUU